CAGGAAGGAAAGGCGGGUUCAACGAGUUUGUUAGGAAGGAAGGAGUAGAAGGAGGGGGAGCCGCCUGCCCACAUUCACUGUAUCCGCCUAGAUCAGCACACUCGUGUUGCACCUGCGCAGAAGAAGGACCAGGAUUGGUUUGUGGGGCGUUCUCAACUUGUUCCAGCCAAUCCAGAUGUGCCGGGGGUGGGGUCCUGACUCUCACUGGCUGGCGCUGCGUCUGCGCGCGGGUUUCGUCGUCCACAGCUGUUCGCGCGUGUAGUGCAGGCUAGCGCCAUGGAGUCGGGGUUGAUUGGGCGCUUAGCCCCGCGCCUGGGCCUCACUAAACCUGAAGUGCUGAGAAAAGCAGAGGAGUACUUGAGACUGUCCCAGGUGAAGUGCAUUGGUUUAUCUGCACAUAUCACAGAAACCAGCAAUGCAGUCAUGUGCCUGGACCUUGCUGCUUCCUGGAUGAAAUGCCCCUUGGACAGGCCUUAUUUAAUUAAACUUUCUGGUUUGAACAAGAAGAUGUAUCAGAGCUGUCUUAAAUCUUUUGAGUGUUUACUGGGCCUGAAUUCAAAUGUUGGAAUAAGAGACCUAGCUGUACAAUUUAGCUGUACAGAAGCAGUGAACAUGGCUUCAAAGAUACUGCAAAGUUACGAGUCCAGUCUUCCCCAGACACAACAAGUAGAUCUUGACUUAUCCAGGCCACUUUUCACCACUGCUGCACUACUUACAGCAUGCAAGAUUCUAAAGUUAAAAGUGGAUAAAAACAAAAUGGCAGCCACAUCUGGUGUAAAAAGAGCCAUAUUUGAUCGACUAUGUAAACAAUUAGAGAAGAUUGGGCAGCAAAUUGACAAUAGAGAACCUGGAUAUUUAUCUAGUCCACCCCAGAAGAAAAAGAAAAUAGUGGUUGAACCACCAGUGAAGGAAAUAGAAAAAGUAGUAGAGAUCCCACAUACAUCUCAGAAAGAUGAAGAUCUGACACAGGAUUAUGAAGAAUGGAAAAGGAAAAUUUUAGAAAAUGCUGUGAAAGCUCAAAAGACUACAGCAAAGUGAUUGCAGUUUCCAGACUGGUAUGUGCUGCAAACCUAUGGUACACUGCCACUUCCAGGAAGAUUUUAGGACUUUGGGAUUUUGUUUGAACUUUUAUAACAAUACCCUAUUGCCUUCAUAGUAAAGAAGCCAGCGCUAGGGCUAAUUUCUGUUCUGGGCUAUGGGCUGGCCCCUGCCUUGACAAUAUUAAAUCAACUACAAUACUUCAGCUCUCCACAGGUCUCCACUGUCCCACAAGAUGUAAUAGAAACCACUUUGCUUUUCGAUUGUGUUUUAAGCUAAAGGCAGUUUCCAUUUCUAUCUGGAAUAUAAAUUUCAGGCUGAAUGGAAUCUUACCAAUUCUACUUAAGUUGUGUGUGUUUUUUGGUUUGACUAAAUAUAUUGUACAGCCUAUAUUAAUAAAUGUUAUUUUUAUAUACACUCAGAUUGCAGUUGUCACCAGUUUGGAAGAAUCCUUGUUAGGCCAGAAUCUGUCCACUCUUGCAGGGGGAGAAAACAAGUUCCUGUAUGUUCAUAGAAUUAAAAACUUGGGACUUAACGGGUUAAAAUCUACACACUUCAAAAUGUAACCUUCAUAAAUUGUACUUAAUUUUAAAUUAUGGAAAGGUCUAUUAUAGAGGUUAGGAAGUUGCUUGGCAUCAUGCCACACAUGAUUUUAACUAAAAUUAAAAAUAUAUGAUCUAAUUCAAUACUUCCAUGAUGGUAUGAAUUUCCAUGAUAAUAUAAUUGCAUUCAAUUUUAAAAUCUAUUCACAUUGGCCUCAGAAAUAAUAGUUGCUUUUUGUCUGCUACAAGUGGAAUGAUUCAGGGUGUUUUUUUUUUCUCUCCUACCUUUUUUAAUUCUAGAAAUUUAUCAAACUAAAGCUAAAGGAAUACCAUAGUCAUAUUACCUCAACAAAGGCAUAUUUGGCAAACCCCAUGGUAUUGGGAAAUGAACAUGAGCUUUAGAACCACACACACUUGGAUUUAAAUUCUGGCCAGGAGUGAUGGUACAUGCCAGUAAUCCAACAGCUUGGGGAAACAUAAGUUCCAUAAUUUUUAAAAUGAAAAUUCAAGUGAUUUAGUCAGGAAGAUUGCAGGUUUGUAGCUAGCCUCAACAACUUAGCAAGGCUAUAAGCAACCUAGUAAGGCCCUGUCUCAAAAUAAAAGAAGGUGGGGAUGUGGCUCAGUGGUUAAGUGCGCCUUAGUUCAAUUCUUGGUACAAAAAAUAAAUUCUGGGGCUGGGGAUGUGGCUCAAGCGGUGGCGCGCUCACCUGGCAUGCGUGCGGCCCGGGUUCGAUCCUCAGCGCCACAUACAAACAAAGAUGUUGUGUCCGCCAAAGGCUAGAAAAUAAAUGCUGAAAAUUCUCUCUCUCUAAAAAUAAAUAAAUAAAUAAAUUCUGUCUCUGCCACUUCUCUCCUAAGAAGAGUUCAACACUUUAAUAAGCCUGUUUAAUGCUUAUAAAAUACAUGACAUAUAGGAGGUAUCCACUAAGUAGUAGCUUUUGUUAUUAAUUUGAACUAAUAUGGAUAAGGGGAUCAUCCCUAUUUAUUUUAAAAGCUUACAUAAUUUGUUUUUAUUUGGUGCCAAUAUUUAAAUUUCUAGCUUUGAACCAAAAGCAAUGUAUUCACAGUAUCACAUGCUAGGCAAACGCUUUACUACUGAGCUAUAUCCCCAGCCCUCCCUUUUUUAAGUGUACUGUUCAGCAGGGUGUCUUGAUCCAAAUGCCCUUUUAGGGCAGGAGUCCAUUGUUUUGCGACCAAUCUCCAGAAUUUUUUUCAUCUUACAAAACUGCCAAUUAAACAAUUCCCCAUUCUUCCCUUUCCCAGCCCCCAGACACAUUCUUUUUGUCUCUGAAUUUGAUUGGGUACUUCAUAUAAGGUAUUUCUUUGAGAUUUAUUUAUUUUACUUAGCAUAAUGUCUUUAAGAUUCAUCCAUAUUGUAGCAUGUCAGAAUAUCCUUCCUUUUCAAGGUUGAAUAGUUAGUCCAUUUACUUUUUCCCCAUCUAUUCAUGAAUCAAUGGGAUGCAUGUGUUGCUUCCUCUUGGUGGUUAUGACUAAUGCUGCUGUGAACAUGGAUUUAUAGAUACUUCUUGGCAAUACUGGUUUCAGUUCUUCUGGGUAUGUACCCAGAAGUGGUGUUAUUGAAAUGUGGUAAUUCUAUUUUUAAAUUUUUGAGGAGCCUUGAUAUUGUCCAUUUCACAUUUCCAUCAUUAGUUCCCAUCAGUAGUCCCUACGUGCUCACCAAUGCCGAUUAUUUUUGUUUUAUUUUCCUGUGUUGGUUUUGGUUUUAGGUUUUUUUCAUAGUUGCCUUCUUAGUAGAUGUGAGGUAUCUCAUUGUGAUUUUAAUUUGCAUUUCCUAAUGAUUAUGUUAAGCAUAUUUUCAUGUGUUUAGUAACUCUUCAUAUUUUCUUUGUAGAAAUGUCUAUUCAAGUCCUUUGCCCUUUUUUCGGUAGGGUUGUUUAGUUUUUGUUGUUGGGUUGUAGUUCGUUAUAUAUUAUAAAUACUAACCUUUAUAUAUUGGGGAAAUUGGAAAAUGUUUUAUCUUGUUCCUUAGAUUGUCUUUUCACUCUGUUAUAUCUCUCAUGCAGUUUUUAAUUUUGAUGUAAUCCACUUGGUCUAUUUUUACCUUUGUUGCCUGUGCAUUUUGCUCAUGUUCCAAAAAAAUCAUUGCCAAAUCCAAUGUUAUGAAGUUUUUCCCAUUUUCUUCUAAGAGUUUUAUAGUUUUGACUCUUACUAUUAGAUAUUUCAUUCAUUUUGAGUUUAUUAGCACAUUUACUUUGAAAUUACACUAUUAAGAUGAGAUUCUGGUAAAUCUGAAAUUUCUGAGCCUUAUUCAUGUGUGAGAAUAAAUUUUCUUUAAAGGCAGGUAUUAGUAAUUAUUUUGAUUAUUUAUAAUGUAGCAGAGGGAGUGGGGAAUUGCUGAAAGCAGUCUUGGUCCAAAUGCCCUUUUAGGGCAGGAGUCCUUUUUACAAUUUUCCAAUACAUUCACACCCCAGUGAUGGAAGAUUAUACCCCAGUAAUGGAAGAUUACUAAUUAGUAAAUCCAUCUGUUUCAGUACUGUUUUUAUAUAAAAAACUUUUGGAGGCUCAGCUCUAUCAAACUUAAAAUUAAAUUCCCUCAAUGACUCUGAAUUAUCUUUUUACUUUUAUUCAAAUAAAAGUCCAAACAAAGUCCACACUUAACAUUGGGUUGCUAAUUUUUAGUUGUAAAAGCAAUACAUACAUGUUCAUUGCUUAAAAAAGGAAAAAUUCAAAUGAUUCAGAAAGUUAUGAAGUAAAAAGUAGAAUACCCCUUCCCACUCAUCGGCUUUUUGGACCGUAUUGUGAAGUUUUUUGCAUAUCCUUGAGUUUUUAAUGCACAUAUAAGCAUAUGUCUCUUCAAAUGGGUUGAUGCCAUACAUAUGUUCUAUAAUUUUAAAAAAAUUACAUAUACAUAUAUAUGUAUAUAUAUAUAAUUUUUUUUAACUGUAGGUGGAAUCAAUACCUUUAUUUUAUUUAUUUGUACAUGUGCUGAGGAUUGAACCCAGGGCCUCACACAUGUUAGGCGAGUGCUCUACCACUGAGCCACACCCCCAUCCCAUGUUCUAUAAUUUUUUAAAUGAGAAGAUGACUUUUAGUAGAUCUAGAUCUAUCUUUAAUAGCUGUGAAUUAUGCAAAAUUUAUUUAACUCAAACUUUCAUUGAGUCAUUAGCAACAGUGCUAUAGUAAAAAAAAAAAAAAAAUUGUAUAAACCUCUGCAUAUUUUUUCAAGUACUAAGAGAUAAAUUUCCAAAAAUAGAAUUGCUACAUAAAGUGUAGGUGCCAAUAUUUAAAUGGAGAAAUGACAUUUUUCCCACACCCUUACAAACUUUUCACCAGCCUUAUAAAUGAAUAAGGUAGACCCUGAUACCUUUUAGUUUCUCUGCCCAAGAAUUUCCAAUGACUAUUCAUCAAAUGAAUAAAGUCCCAUUAGAAAUAGUUGAUACUAGCACUGUUCUAAUCUAAAAUAUUUUGAGGUAAGUACACACCGGCAAGUAGAGAACUAAAAAUAUCCAUAAAUUCAAGCUUCAUAAAAACUCCUUUUUUUAAUAUUUAUUUUUUAGUUAUAGGUGGACACAAUAUUUUAUUUUUAUGUGGUUCUGAGGAUCAAACCCAGUCCCUCAUGCAUGGGCAAGUGCACUACAGCUGAGCCACAACCCCAGCCCUCAUAAAAGCUCCUUUGAGUUUCAAAUUGGGGGCUAAAUGUCAUAUUACCUCUUAUUUGUGUAGAUUCAUAUUAUUUCCCAAGGAUCAUACGUCCCAGAGAUAAGAACUGUUGUACAAAGGGAAACUACAAAAUAUCCUAAUUAACUUCUAUAGGCUGCCCUCAAAAAACUUUUUCCAGAAAAAUAACUGACACUUAAAAAAUAAAACAUUUUACCAAAUUGUUAGUAUUGUCUCAGAUAGUUUCUGAUGUUUACUUAUUAAUUGGCCAAGUUGGAGCAGGCCUGGAGGUGCUGACACUGAAAAUCUGACCUUUCCUAAGAGGGUUAGCUUCCCAGACAAAAGUUACAACUUGAGAACUGCACCAUCAGGAUAACCUCUCCAUCUUUUGCUUCCUUCUCUACACCAAGAAAAUUCUUUAUUCUGGACGGGAAGAAUCCUGGAAAGGCUGUGAAACUGCUGCAUGUCUGAUUAAAAAUUAAAAAUCACUACACCAACUAAACUUGAGAAGGUAUUGGUAACUUGAGAAGGUAUUGGGAAUAGCACAAGAAUCAAAACCAAAGAAAUUAAAAAGAAUGUUUCAAAUAAUAAAGUGUUCCUCUUAAUCGCUAUAAGUUGGGAAAGUGUUCAAAUAUACACAGAAGUUAGUAAAUAUGUUGCUUGCUACAUUGAGAAGAUUUCAGUGAAUGGAUGAUUUCAUAAAUGCUUACAAUAAAUGUUUAAAAAUGCCCCUA